AUGCUCUUCAAGCAGAGCCUCAAAGCCCUGCGCUUCCCAUCCGAUCUGUUGACUGCUACUGCGCUGCCACACCUCUCAGCUGAUCACGAUAAUCGUGCCUCUCAGCCGAUUGUGCACGCAGCCUCACUUUGCCCUGCCCACACAACAGAAGAACAGGCCUCCAAACAACAGACGGCAUCAGACAGCUCUUCCUUACAAAAGAUGAGAAUAUCAGAAGAUAGCAGUAGACAGAAUCCUUCAAAUGCACAGAAUCCUUCAAAUCCUUCUCACCAUUCUGAGAAUUUUGACAAGAACUGUCAGUCUUUACUUCCUGUGAUGGAACCUCCUGGGAACCAAGAAGUAAAAAAUUCUGAUGUAAUUUCAGAGACCCCUGCUGGCAAGAAGGGAGAGAAGCCACAGCAGCAGUUAAUAAAUGGCAUGCCACUUCUGGAACAGCCAAGUUUUCUCCCAAACUUAAGAGUGGAUGAAGAGAAAGAGAGACAUCCUGAUGUCCCUAAGGAGUCAUUUGUCAGACAAACAGACUGUCUGCGGGCAAAGAAAAGAAGAAGAAAGCUCUCCAGAAAAGGCAAACGCAUUCCCCCUUGUCAACCAAAUAAUUUAACUGAGAUAAAUCAGAAAGUUCUAAAGCUUUCUUGA